CAGGCAACCCAGACAGACCAAGAUAGGAUUAAAAAAUGGUUGGACUGAGACCUCUGGCCCAGUCCAACCAUAAAAGCCACAACAGUUUUAUAUUGUGGUUCCUGCAUUUGAGUUGUGGCUUUUGCAUUUGGCUUGAGACCUCUGGCUCACCGUAGUAUGUAGACACACUCCUCCCGGCUGCUGUUGGCAGAUAGGACGAGGUUUUUCGUUAUACAGGAAAAUAAGAAAUUGGAAGCAAUAUAAAUGUUGAUUACCGUAUGGUGUAGCUGUUUCCGAUAACCGUUAUCUCGCCGUCCAGCUCACAACACGAACGUCACCGAUUAACUCCUGUAAGAAACAUUUUUAUGACAUUUAAAGACCUUGGGGCGGCUAGGCAGGUCAUCUGCGGUUAUUAGCAGCAACCACCAACUCCAACCAGGAGAACACGUUCAUCCGUACCACAGUAGUUUGAAAGGUCUCACUGUCAUUGGAUUACUUUGCUGGAUCCUGAACAUGAGUGUCUGGGGCCUCUUUCUUCUUAGCAGCUUCGGCUUUGCUAUCACUGCUCAAGCCCAGCGGUGUUCCAAACCUCCCGGACGGCCAAGCAUGCAUCUGAAGGACGAGUACAUUACGAAAGACACAUUUGAGGAUGGGUCCACUGUGGCUUUUAUCUGUGGUUUUGGCUACACAUCUGUAGGAGGUUCUGGAAUCAUCAAGUGUACUUCAGGCAUUUGGAGUCCUGUUAAGCUGACUUGCAAGAGGAAUAACUGUGGACCUCUUGACGAAGUGUUGAAUGGACAAAUUGACUACCCUAGCGGGACGCAGUAUGGGGAUAAAGCAUUGAUCACUUGUAACAAAGGUUACAGAUUAGUUGGUAAAAGUGAAAUCACAUGUGGAGCACAACAAUGGCUGCACAGGGUGCCUCGUUGUGAAGUUUCUAGAUGUGCCCAGCCAGGUAGUAUUGAAAACGGUUCUUUUAGUCCAGUGCAGGAGGAGCCAUACAGUUAUAGAGAUGUUGUGGAGUACUCUUGUGACAAAGGGUAUACACUCAAUGGAUCAAAACAGUUAAUCUGUGAGGAAAAUGAGGAGUUCACGCCUUCUCCUCCAUCAUGCAUCUUGGUUCAAUGUAAAGAUCCAAAGAUUCCAAAUGCGGCAUACAUUGACGGCUCUCGACCUCCACAUGGGUACAAGGCUACUGUAAUAUACGAAUGCAAACCUGGAUUCAAAAUGAUUGGACAGUCUACCCUGACUUGCAACAUGAAUAGCCAGUGGUUUCCUAGAAUCCCAGAAUGCACCAGCAAUGGAAAUGUUGUUGGAGGAUUGAUUUGUGGACUUGUAAGCAUCACAGUCCUGUUGGUCCAAAAUUACUUGAUGUAAACACAUCAUCUCAAGAAGAGGACUGUCCUCUAAUCUGGGAAUGAACCUGUCCUUCAUGUGCAAUCUGGAGUUUAUGAACUUAGUGGGAUCCUGGGACAGAAGCAGAUGAAGCUCUGUCCCCGUUUCUUCUUUUAUGUGGCUUUCUAAAGCCAAGAGAUAAAAACAUGCUGUUCUGAUAGGCCAGUCAUAACCACUUCCUGUUUGAAUGUUUCUUGCCACAUUGAUUUUAGAUGUAAGCAGCGCAGCACAGUCAAGCUUAGCCUUUGUAGCCAGAUUCACAGGUUGUCUUUAAGUUUUAAGAUAGAUAGAUAGAUAGAUAGAUAGAUAGAUAGAUAUUGUUAAAGAUACAUUCAAAAUCUCAAUUUUUUAUUUUAGUUUCAAGCUUGGCAUUGUAAGAAAUAGUUGUACAGAAAUGUUUGCAAUCGUAUAACUAAAGGAAAUUGUUUAUGUCACAGACUGAUUUUGUAUUUAUAAUAGCUGAUCAAACAAGUGGUCUUAAAGGUUCAGACUGAAGAAAACGGUAUGAUCUGGUGAACAAUCCAUAGUGCCUGAAAAAAUACGCAAACUUGAUAUGCCUGACUGAAAAGAAGCCAAGUGUUGUUUUUUGUCAUGUGUCCUUAUACAGUAUUUUAAAUGCUUUGAUGCCUACUUGUUACUUUAUCUCAGUAUUAUAUCACUGAGUCAAACUACGUAUAGUUUGAAAGAAUAAGUUACAUAAGUCAUACAAGAUAAGUUUCUAUAUCAAAUUGAUUCAGGUUUUAUUUUUAACUACUGUCGAGUUAAAUAGCAAUACCUUUUAAACACUGGAAUUGACUCAGAUCUCAUAGGAAUGUUUGAAAAGCGCUUUCCCUAAAUAUUGCACUGGCUCUGCCCUUAUAUGAAUGAAAUAGUCAAAGAAUUGUAUUUUGUUGUAUUUCUGGCAGUUGACUUAAACCUGCACUACCCUUUCCCAUUACAAAUACUGUAUUUCAAUGAAUAAAAAAUAAUCUUUUA